AUGGUCUUCAAGAUCUCCAUAUACUGCGGCAAGUGCAAGACGGCCAUCCUCAAGGCCAUUGCCAAGCUCGAAGGUGAGGGCCCUCCCUUUCCCCAACCUUUGACCCUCCCUCCCCACGCCCAAUCAUUCGAGGGUUGAUAUUUUAAACAAGAUUGUGGCGGCGAUGAUGGCAGGGAUUGACGAGAUAAAGCUCGACGUCGAGAAGGGCACGGUAACGGUGGUCGGGGAGGUCGACCCGGUUUGCGUCGCUCACCAGCUCAGGAAGGUCCGGCGGCCGGCGCUGAUUGACAGCGUCGAGUCGCACAAGAAAGAGGAGUCGAAACCCAAGCCGGAAGAUCUGGAACCCUGCUGCGAGCGCUGCAGAGGGGAUGCCCUCAUCUUUAUGGAAUACGCGCCAGGCUGCACAAUCGUCUGA